CCCGCUGGGGCAGUGAGCUGCUGUGAUGGGGGUUAAAGCGAGGCUGCCCAGCUACGAGCUGGGCUUCUACGCACUCGCCCUCACCUGUGCCGUGGUCUACAGCGGCAGCGGCAUCUUCGAAGCCUCCAGAGACAGUAUGAACAGGAAGGCCUUUCGGGAUGGCAUAAAGCCGGGCUGGCAUUACUUCGGCAGGAAGAUGGACAUGGCCGACUUCGAGUGGGUGAUGUGGUUCACCUCGUUCAGGAACUUCAUCAUCUUCGCCCUUUCAGGACACAUCCUGUUCGCCAAGAUUUGCUCCAUGAUCAUGCCGCAGCACCGGGCCGUGGUGUACAUGCUGUACGGGCUGCUGUCCGUGCUGGGCAGCAUGGGGCUCUCCUACCUCAUGAUCAUCCUCUCCCACUGCAUCGUCCUCUACUCCGUCUCGCUGGUGAAGCACAAAUGGCUCUGCUACGUGGCUGGGCUCUGCUCCCUUGCGUCCUUCAAGCUGGAGCCCUUCAGCUCCUGGCAGAGUGGAUUUGUAACGGAAACUUUUCAUCUUCAAGACGUCCUCUUCUACGGGGGCAGUGGCUUCACCAUCAUGCGCUGCAUGAGCUUCGCGCUCGAGAGCUGUGAGAGGAAGGAGGGCAUCUUCUCCAUCUUCGAUCUCCUCAAAUACAACUUCUACCUUCCCUUCUUUUUCUUUGGGCCCAUCAUGACGUUUGACCAGUUCUAUGCUCAGGUCAGCACCCGAGAGCUACGGCGCAAAGAUGAUGAGAUGAGGAACAUCCGGGUCCAUGCGGUCCUCAAUGUGGGGGCCAUCAUUGCUGUGGACAUCUUCUUCCACUUCUUUUACAUCCUCACCCUCCCUUCGGACCUCAAGUUUGUUAACCGCCUCUCGGACUGGUCCUUAGCUGGCCUUGCCUACUCCAAUCUGGUGUACGACUGGGUAAAAGCUGCUGUCAUGUUCGGAGUCAUCAACACCAUUGCCCGACUGGACCACUUGGACCCACCACAGCCCCCCAAAUGCAUCACCAUGCUCUACGUCUUUGCAGAAACGCACUUUGACAGAGGGAUUAAUGACUGGCUAUGCAAGUAUGUGUACGAUCACAUCGGUGAGAACCACGACAACGUUGUGAAGGAGCUCAUGGCCACUAUCUCCACCUUUGCCAUCACUACCCUGUGGCUGGGGCCCUGUGAGAUUGUUUACAUCUGGUCUGUCUUCAACUGCUUUGGCCUCAACUUUGAGCUAUGGGUGCAGAAGUUCUUCCAGCGGGAACCCUUUGCCAAAAUGGAGGCCAAAAUGUCAGCAGCCAUGUCUCGGCGGAUUAGGGCAGUCUUUGGAGCAGCAAACUUCUGGGCCAUCGUCCUCUACAACAUCCUGGCCCUCAACAGCCUGGAAUUUGCAUUGCUGGUUACCAAGAGACUCCUUCUGACAGGUUUCCCUGUCAGCACCUUGUCCAUCUGGUUCAUCACAUACUGUGGAGUGCAGCUGAUCAAAGAGCAUGAGCGCUUCCUGGCCAUCGAGGAAGAGAAGUGUGACAAAGCAAAGCAAGAGUAGAGGAAACAUCAGUGGGCCUGCCUCAAAACCUCAGCUCCCCUCCGACCACCUCUGUCAGACCAGCAGCUAACAGGGGCUCUCCAAGCACACCUGGCAAUCAAAAUGCUGUAGCUCAUCCAUGUGUAAGUCACCUGGAAAGCACACCCUCUUGCUGCAGUAAAGAUUUUCUGUAGGACAUCCCUGGGCAUUAUGCAGGCUAUCCAUGCGUGGCAGACUGCUGAGGUAGGCUCCUGAUCCAUUUCUUUAAGGCCAGCCUCAUCACUUGUCUGACCUUCUGACACAGCACAGACCUAGAGAUUUCAGCCCUCGGUUUCCAUAGCAUGUGGUCCACCAGAGCAUUCAGCUCUCCCACAAGACUAUGUCUCCCAGAGACUAUGCAGGUCCUACUCCUGGAGGCUUUAGUGUGGGCUGAGCAUAUAGCUAUGAGAAAAGGAUUAGCUAGUGUUGAGCCUGCUCUGAGCAGAUGCCCUCCAGGUCAUUUCCAGCUCAAGCCUCACAUGUUUUUUUCAUUGUGAGAAAUAGUCGGUAUCCACUGUCAACUAUUCAACAUCUCUCUUGUGUAGUAAGGACUGCAAAAUGCCUUGGUAUGAGAUAUACCUACCACGAGGCUAAAAAAUAAACAAAAUGUGCCUUACAGCAAAGGAAAAGAGGGCUAGGAAUUACGCAUUGAAGAGUAAUUAACUCCCCCCACUGUCAGCUAUGCAGAGUGAUAGCUGCUAUAAUCUCAAACUCUCUGCAGAAGCAGUCCUUUCAGUUCUACUUGUCUUGGAAAAAAUGAUUUAAUGCCCUUCUCAUGCCUAGUUAAUGAAAAUCUGAGCUGUAUCUGCUUCACAGCCAGAGAACAUCAUGUACCAGUUGCCUACGGAACAUACAGACUGAAGAAACGCAACAUGGGUCUUGCACAUAACCACUCAGUCCCCGGGCCCUGAUUCAGACCCAAAGUGCACUCCACCGAGGGAUGUGAGACCAAUGUGACCACCAUGAGCAUCUUACUGUGAUUUACACCCUCAGAGUCAACCAAAUCUCACUGUUAUCUUCAUGCCAUGGGAGAAAUUUUAAGCUUGCAUUCUUAUCUGUGGUUGAGAAGCAGAGGACUUUGCACCCAGCUCUUGCUUACCUCCAGUGACCUAACCCUUUGCUCCACUGACUUUGAUGAACAUAAGCUGAGCCCAUGGCUACGUGCCUCAAUGAAUACAUGCACAUCUGCAACCAAAAGAGAAAGGCUCUAAAAGAAGAGCAGUGAUUUGAGAUUGGCUGGAGGAGGGAAAUCCUUUGUUGGCAUCCUAGAGAAGUAGACUUUGAAACACUGCAUAUGGAUUGAAUAUCCAUAUGCACUGAACAAACGUAUCUGUGUGAGACACAAGGUCUCAUGAGAAAAGAUAACUGAAAUAUCCCUGGAUUUCAUGCAAUUUUGGAAUAACAUAAGCGGCCUUAUUUCUGAGUCAUGUCAUUGUUUGGUGAGGGCAAGAUCUGGACCACUUUGCAACCUGAGUGGACACUUGGUAUUGGUGUGUUCCGGUUUCUCUGUGGAUAAAAUAGGAAUUGUUCUUAGUCAGCGUUCAGCUCUGCCUAAGCACUUUAUGAAGUCUCUUAUAUGUGU